AUGGAUCGUCUAUAUGGAACACAUAAGCCAACAAAUUUAGUACAGAAAAGUAUUUUAGCCGUUGGUUCAGGUGUUAUGUCAAUAUUGGAUCCAUCACGCGAUGAUAUGAUAUCCAUAUUUGGUGAAACAACAGGUGUUUUAGCUUUAAAAUCUAUGCAAGAAAAAAUGAUUGUUGAUCCCGAAGGCGACGAGAUUUUGAAAAAACGACCUGUUAUUAAUACGAAAACAGUGGAUCUGAAUUUUUUAAAAUCACUGCCUGCUGGUACUCUCGGAAAAGAAUAUUCAAAUUUUUUAGCUAAAUAUAACUUGACACCUGAUGCACGUCGUCCAGUUUCAUUUAUUGAUGACGCCGAAUUAGCUUAUGUUAUGCGUCGUUAUCGUGAAAUUCACGAUUUAACUCAUGUUACACUUGGCAUGCCUAUCAAUAUGCUAGGUGAAGUUACCGUUAAAUGGUUUGAAGGUAUACAAUAUGGUUUACCCAUGUGUGCACUUGGUGGAUUUUUUGGAUCUGUUCGUCUUGGUCCGAGGCACACAGCUAAAUAUCUUAAUUUAACAUUACCAUGGAUAGUACGUACUGCUCGUCAAUCAAGACUAUUUAUAAAUGUUUAUUUUGAAAAACAUUGGCAUAAACCAUUAGUUGAAUUUCGUCGAGAGCUUAACAUAGUUGAACCUCCACCAAAACUUUGA